AUGAUACCAGGAAAGCUCAUCUUCGCUAAUUUUGGAUGGCCAAUGCCCUAUUUUUGCUCUAUGAUUCUGUGCACCCCAACUACUGAAAUCAGCAGGGGUCCUCUGGAGGACUUGAUUGGGUCUACGAAUGGGCAGGCUAUAGAGAGUGAGAGCGUCAGCAGGAAUGGAAUCUCGCGGUGCCGGACCCAGUCCGGCGUGAUGGUCCGACAGCCUGAGAAGCAGAGGCCUCUGGAUGGCGGUAUGGAUACGACAACGGCCACCGAUGUUGGCUCCCCAAGUGCGAGCGACAUUCUCAGUGAGCUCUUUUUCCUGAUCGAUAAUCACCUUCUUUGGGGGAGCCAUUUCUGGGUUUCUGUAAAGCGGACCUACAAACCCAUCUCUUUCAAACGCUUUUCCAGCGAAUGGCUUCGAUUUCAUAGGAGCCUUUUCCUUCCCUUUCCUCACCUUCACCCUCUUCUCCCUCGCUGUCACCGUCCUCAACAGCCUAAGCCUCCUCCUGGUUUUGGUUUUUCUCCGCCUCCCGCUUCAUCUCUCUCUCCCGCGGCUCGCAUUCCGCCGUCAAAGCUUCCGUCAGUCCUCUUCAUCUUCGUCAUCGGCAACCUCAAGCUCGUCGGUUAUCGGUGGCGAACAACCUGUGGAGGUUGGAAGACAAAAAUAUAUGCGAGAGAUUGUUGUGCAUUUGCCUGGAUUUUGAACAAGCGAAAGCAUCAGCUAAGAGUACUGGUCCAACUUCUAAGAUUUUAUCUGUCAACAAGGACAUCUGACGGACUUUCAGUAUCAACACUGACCCUUUCCAAGGGUUUACAAAACCGAGAGGGAGAAGAUAUGGUUGCAAGUGAUCUUGUACUCAAGGCAAUGCAAUCUGGUGUUGCUUAUUAUGUGAUGGGAAUGGUAGUGAAGGAAAAGGGACCGGUUUUUCACUUGGCUUUUCAUCCCUUGGCCACAGUAGGUAGCAUUAAUCCUGGGUUCCUUUGUUUUAGCAGAACAAUUGUACAUUGCGAGUGUUAUCGGAGCAGCUUUAAUCAUCAUUGGUCUGUAUCUCGUGAUCUGGGGAAAAGCAAAGGAUCAGUCUCCUCCAUCACAGUGCUGCAUGAUCGAUGAAGUAGCACUACUAACACAAAGAUCAAUAGAUGAUCAACAAUGUUAAGAGAUUCCAUGUCACUGCAAGCAUAUGGUUGAUCCUUCAAAACUCUGGCAAACCAGUUUGUUAGUCUUUUUUCUUUUUUCUUCUUAUUUUGAAUUGAAAGGAUUACCUUUGUUCUGAUUAAAUAUUCAUCAGCUAGCUUAAAGUAUUAACUAUGUUAAGUAAAAUUAGGACUAGAUUGUUUUAGCUGUUAGAGAAUUUUGCAUGUGAUUGUGCCUAAAGAAAUCUAGCCUACUUACGAGUUAUUUCUUGCCACUUCAUGGAUAGGCUGAUCCUUGCAAAUUCUACCAUGCAUGUCAGCUUUUAGUUGUCGUUUUCCUUUUCCUCUUUUCUUUUCUUUUUCUUGUUAUUUUGAUUUUUGAGUAGCAAGGAUCACCAUUGUUCUGUUUUAAGUACUCAUCAGCUAGCUUUAAAGUAUUAACGUACUAUUAGACAUAAGAUUAGACCACCAUUGUUCUAGCUGCAUGUUUGAGCAUUUUUCAUGUGAUUGUGCCUAAAGAAAUCUGGAUUGCUUAACUAUAACAAAAUGACCUCAACUGGAAUCAGAUAGUAGGCUGCAAAGGUAUAUAAUUAAGCAAUUUCCAGUUCUAGUUGGGUGAUUUUUGGAAUGAUCUCUGUUCAAAUACAAACAUGAAUUUGGCCUGCUGGAUGUUUUUAGGCUUCUGAAUAUUAUGCAGCUUAAUAAAUGAAAAACUCUACUUUGGAUUUUGGACAUUUUAUACUCUGUUACAGGAUAUUGCUUGGUCACUUUGGUGACUCGACAAGAGUUAGUGCAUACCGAAUAAGUUAAUUGGCCUGAAAAUUUGUGGUUAUUGCUUGUAUCCUACAUAUGAUAGUGUACAUAUGUUGGAAUCCUACAUAUGAUAGUGUCCCAGUAGUAUCCUUGGUAUAUUCGUAGUAUGCUGGAUUCACAAUUACGUACUGGUAUGUCGAAUGUGAUGUUGUGCAUUAUUUUGUUCGACUUCGUCUUGACCACAUGCAUUUGGUUUACUCUAAUUGAUUCAAUGAAGACAUAAAAAUAAGGUCUUGUGCAUGCAUGUAUCUCAGAGAGGAUGCAAAAGCAUUAAAAAUAAGGUUUUCAGGUGUCUAAGAUCACGUUGGUAUUGUAAUGGAUCAUUUGCCAAAAGUUAGAAACUGGACCUAAUUAACUUUCUUUGUUUGUGUUUCUGCCAUGUUCUUUUUUUUAUUUUUAUGCAGAAAUAUGAUGUUGACACAGCAGCAAAGGCAACUGUCCUUGGCAUCCAAGUUGGGUGUGGAUUCAGGCCUAAGAUUCCAUGUAGGAGAUGAAUCUAGAGCUAAUGCUGCACAAGAUAAUGAACUUUUCCAUCAGAAUCCUCAAGCAUAUGCUGCACAAGAUGGAAAUUGGAUUGCUCGUAUUGCAGCAUUGUUUGUGGGUGAGGAUCGAACACAAUCUUGUAUAGCUUAUGAAAUUGGAAGGCUUAGUUCAAUGAAAUGUUUUUUUUUUUUGAUAAGUUCAAUGAAAUGUUUAAAUGCUUAUAAAAUUGUAUAU